AUGUCGUUCUUGAGCAAGAGGAGUCGCAGCCAACGGUCCUUCACGCGGGGAAGCGAAGAGAUCUCAGUAAGAAGAUUGGGGCCGGGUAACGAGCUUGCGAAAUGUCGUGAGGACAAUGCCGAUUCAGAUGGCUCGUCGCCGUCCAACAUGAAUGCGACAAACUUUGCGCUAUACGGUUCUUGCGUCUCCCGAAAGUUUCCUAAACAUAAAUCAUCGCAUCUGAGGUUCUUAGCAUGGGUAGCCUACACUCGCAAGUUUACCGACGAACCCAUUACGGAAGAUGAACGAAGAACAUGUCCCUUGCUUUGGUGUCGGACAGUAUUUGAAGAUCAAGAAACUAUGUUACAACAUGUCUGGGACUGCGAACACUUGGCAAAGGGACUGUACUGGUGCUUUCACUGCCAGAAGCCAGAGAAAGCGGGCUCCUUUGAAUGCAGAAGAUGCCAGGGCACACCUUCGAAGACUGACCGGAUCACGACCGUAGCCAAAAGGAUCUUCUCUAAGUUGGGAUCGAAACGAAAUCGCACUUCCACAAUACCGGAACCCGAGCCAGAUAUGAGUAUUGCGAAGUAUGUUGAGAAGUCCAAUACGCUUGAGCACCAUCCGGACUUCCCUACUAUGUUCGAUGCCGGUCCCGCGAGGGGCUUUCCAUCUCAAAGCUUUCAAGCUGAAGAUUCUUUUGGUCGAACUUUUGACUGGAGGGCUUCUCAAGAACUACCGGAUACACAGAUAUGCGAAAUGACCGGGUCUGAAUGUCCCCUGGAACUUGGUGUUAAUGCACAGGAAACUUGGUUGAGUCAUGAAGAUUAUGCAGAACCAGACCAUAUCUGGCUUAAUCCGGGACCGGCAUGUAAAGUUCCUAUCCCUACGCAGAAGAAACGAGGAAGUUUGGAUAUGCUCCCCCCUCUGAAUACCCAGCUGUGCAAUUUGAAUCCAGAACGUGGGUUUGACAGCAUGUCAAAAAAUGACUUACCUGACGAGCCGAUGUCCGCAACAAUCGUCUCGCCCAUGUGCGCAGAUGAUCGAUACGCGUCUAUUCUACAGGAGAUAUCGCCGACCGACACCGAUGCCAGUGGAAAUAGUUUCCUGACCGACUCCGGUUACACGAGUGCAACGAUGUUCUCGACCUUGGGCGUUUCUUCGCCCUUUGAGUUACAUCCGGGGUUCAGUGCACCGAGAGGUAAAAAGCGAUCGCGAGAAGAAACGUUUACCACUCAACUUAUUUCCAAUUCCGUAGAGAUAUCCAGGAAUAACUCAGCGAAGUCAAAUCGUUCCUUUACGAAUCAUCCCCAGGAAGCUAUCGACCCCGUUGAUAGCUCACAUUCUCCAAGCAGAUGCCCUAGCACGAAAAAGCCGAAGAUGCAGUCAGCUCAUUGGUCCAGUGCUAGUACUCUUGUGCAAUCCUUUUCAGAAGUUUUAGAUGCGCACAUAUCUCACACCAAGGACAUUUUGCGCGAGUUGCCUGAAAGUCCAAUCACUCAGGAGCUAAUCGCGAUGUCCCGGUCUUCAAUGGUGUCGAUUGGACUCGAAGUGCUAGCUGGUAUUAUCGAAGGACGUAAUCCGACAGCAAUUGUGCAAGUCUUUGCUUUUACACAUAUAGCAUACGCGUUCUCGAUCGCCGUUGACCAUGACGAGAUCAAAGUACAUACCAAGGAGUGGUUUAAUGACUCGCUAUCAUGGGUACACGACUUGGGAUCCGAAAGAGAUCGUGUCAGAUACAGCAGAAUCGCCAGGGCAGUCUGGCAGCCUGUUAAAGACGUGAGCGGUGAUGCCGCACCUCCCUUGUACUCCCCGGAUAAGCAGAAUCUACUCUAUCUGGCCUGUCAACGCUUUUUAGACAUACUCGAAAGCUUUGUGAUCACCGAGAGCAAACCUCAUUCCGAUCAGCCGCCGACAACCUCAGACCUUGCCUUUUUAAAGAAGGCACAAGUCGAAGUUAUCGAUGAGCUCAUCAAAGCACCCUCUAUCGAGGGCUUCAUCGAAGAUGUAGUCAAGAUAGAGGCGCGCCUAAAACGUGGCCGUAUCAGACAUGUGCGACAUUUAGAGCUUGAACUCAUGUGCGCAGGCAAGCUUGCGUCACAGUCGGAACCUGCAUACUUUCGAUUUCUGUGCUACGUGUCACAGCAUUGUAAUAGCCUAUACGAGACAUCGCCCUCACGAACUCGAGCUGCCUAUCGCAUUCGGGACAUCGCACGUAUCAAGACUCUGCUUCCCGAAGAAUUAUGCUAUGACCCAAGCGACGAAGAGGAGGCAGCCUUUGACAUGGAUGACGAUGCACCAUUAGGCUUUAGCCUCAACGUUCUAGGUAGGUGUGAUAGACGGAUGGGAAGUCACAUGGACGAGUUUAUGAGAGACGCAGAUGACGUUCUUAACGAAAGCUGUAUUCUCGCUAGGAGCAACUCUUUACAGCCUCUUUCCUCUGUUGUGUCCGCCCCAGUAAGAAGAUCAAAGUCAGACCAAAAGCGCCCCACCGCAUCACGGCCAAACAAUGCUAUAAAUUCUACACACGCGCUUUCUUCGUCGUCAGUGUCCCGAGGACCACCGAGGCCAAAGACUCAGACAUCACAGGGUAAUCCGCCAAAUUUACCCCCAAUUGUCACAGUCGAAAGCCCAUCAACUUCACCCGACUCUGCCGCAUCCACGCCACCUCCACCAACACCACCACAGAGCGGUACGACUCGUCUGUAUCAAUGCGACCUAUGUGAUUAUGUUCCCAGUGGGGACGAGAAAUGGAAACCAUCCAAUCUUCGUCGUCAUAAACGUACCCAGCAUGCCUCGGCUGAUAAGAAGGGAUCGUGGGUCUGUAAAUGGGAAGGCUGCACCAAAUCCUUCACUCGAAGCGAUAAUCUGAGAAGUCAUAUGCGAGACAAAGGACACGGAAUAGAAACCGCCACCAAUCCUCAUGCCAUCGAAGAAGAAGACGAAGAGGGACACGGCAAACAAGAUCAGGAUGGCGAAGAGAGAGGGCCCAAGAGGAGGAAAUUGGCUGUCGGCUGA